AUGCAGGAUAACAUUCACAGUUCCAGACACAUGCAGGAUAACACUCACAGUUCCAUAAACAUUCAAGAUAAUACUCGCAGUUCCAGACACAUGCAGGAUAACACUCGCAGUUCUAGACACAUGCAGGAUAACACUCACAGUUCCAUAAACAUUCAAGAUAACACUUGCAGUUCCAGACACAUGCAGGAUAACACUCGCAGUUCCAGACGCAUGCAGGAUAACACUCGCAGUUCCAGACACAUGCAGGAUAACACUCGCAGUUCCAGACACAUGCAGGAUAACACUCGCAGUUCUAGACACAUGCAGGAUAACACUCACAGUUCCAUAAACAUUCAAGAUAACACUUGCAGUUCCAGACACAUGCAGGAUAACACUCGCAGUUCCAGACGCAUGCAGGAUAACACUCGCAGUUCCAGACACAUGCAGGAUAACACUCGCAGUUCCAGACACAUGCAGGAUAACACUCGCAGUUCCAGACACAUGCAGGAUAACACUCACAGUUAA